AGUUGCAGAGAUGAUAUCUGGAAAAGUACUGUCUCAGACUCAUCUUUUACGUUAGAAUUGGUUGAUAACAAUGAUUUUUAUGCUUGUAGGAAGAGCUCUAAUGGUGCUAAAGGCCCUAAUCAUGAAAGGAAGAAAGGGAUCCCAUGGACUAUUGAAGAACACAGGCUGUUUCUACUGGGGAUUAAAAAGUAUGGUAAAGGGGAUUGGAGAAAUAUCUCAAGGAACUUUGUGGAUUCCAAGACACCAACACAAGUUGCAAGCCAUGCUCAAAAAUACCAGAAGUGGAAGCUUUCAAGGGGGAAAGAUGAGAAGAAACCAGGCAUCCAUGACGUUACAGUUCUCGAUCUCACCGGCACAACUGUGUUUUCGGAUGAUCGUAAACCGCCUUCGGCAAACCAGUCUAAUGUAGCAUCGCAGCAAAAGCCGGCUAGUAUGUCAAAAACAAGCCCUAAUGAUGGAUCAGCUACGGUUUUCGGUUUGGUGAAUGGCCAAUAUGUCAAGACCAGGCUGUAAUGUUGUAUCCACGUAAUAAUCUCUUUCAUUUUCAAUCGUUUGAUAUAUAUAUACACUUUGAGUGUAUGUAAUGUAAAAUAUAUGUUGCUGAAUCCCUUAGCUUACUGUUCGUGGUGCUAUCCUCAUAAUCCCUUUGAGUGUAUGUAAUGACAGUGAUUUGUUUCUAUCAAGGGUAUGAGAAUUGUACCAUAUAUAUAUACCCGACGUUUAGCCUACUGGUCAUAGGUGCUGUCCUCAUAAUUCAUGUUGUAGAUUCGAGUUAUGAUGUGUGUGUGACAGUGGUUUGUUUCUAUCAAGGGUAUGUGAAUUAUACCAUAUAUAUAUAUAUAUAUAUAGAACAUUUAGUCUACUGAUCAUAGGUGCUACCCUCAUAAUCCACGUCCUAAAUUCAAGUUAUGAUGUGUGUGUGACAGUGAUUUGUUUCUAUCAAAGAUGUGUGAAUUGUACCA